AUGUGCCCAGAAAAAGUGUUUAUUUCAGCAACCGAUUUUAUCAAACAGGAAGAUGUUCGUCUUAUUGAUAUCACAACGGUGGAUGCGGUGAAGGAUAAGCCAAACUAUUAUUCGUCACCCAUUGUUGAUAACGAAACUGCAUGUUGGGAUGACGCUGGUGCGGCGCUUUUCUGUACCACAUUACGUUGGGGUCAUAUGUUGGUUGGUAUUUUCCAGCAUCUGGUAGCCCCCAAAAAUACGGCCGAGAAGCGUGAUAUUGCUCCUCUUGGCGAGGCAACAACUACAAUGAUGGAUAGUUGUAGCAGGGCUGUGGAAAUGCGAUUUUCGAGGACUGGUGAACAGACGAAAAUUUUCGAAGUUAUCCAGAAACAUGAUCUUGCCUCGUUUAUCAGCAUUUACGAUGUGUGUUUCCGGGAAGUACCAUACAAUCUUGCCCCAGGAGCAUAG